CCCUGGCUACCACUCCAAUACCGCAGACACUCAUCUCGCUCGGCAUGCAGGGAGAGGGCAGGGAGAAUUCCCAGAUGAUCAGCCGCGGCACUCGAAGUUCGAAGGCUGAAGGAGGUGAAGGAAAAUGCAUAUAUAUUCGCCUCGACCUUCAACCCCAACAGCCUCUUCCCUCUCACCCAUCGACACCCACCACCACGUCUUCACACAUACACACAUCCAUUCAGCAACAAGCAACCUCCUGACCAACGCUCUACCAGCAGCAGCCCCAGAGAACGAAAGAAGAAAAAGAAAAGAAGAAAUGAAGCUCCUGUCCAUCCUCGCCCUCGCCGCCGCCGCCCUCGCGGCCGUGACCCCCAACAAGGCAGCGCCCGACGCAGCCGACGUCAACAACGCGGCCGGCGUCAGCAAGAUGGCCGACCAGGCCCAGAGCGCCGCCGGCGCCGGCGGCGCCCAGCAGCAGGGCUGGCACCCACACCCCCCGCCGCCGCCGUACUGCCAGCCCGGCAUGUACUCGUGCACGUGGGACAGGAGCGGCUGGCGCGUCUGUGACGUGUCCGGUACCUGGGUCUACGGCGGCGCCUGCCCGGCCGGCACCUCGUGCGAUUUCAACUACCAGAACGGUAGCCCCUACUGCGUCCCGCCCCCGUACUGGUAAGCGGCGCCGGCAAGGAGAACCUUACGGGUUCCCUUCCGCGAUCCGGUGAGCAGGGUGUUUGGAGAGAAGGGAUAAAUGGCGGACUGGCAAACGGCUGGGCGUUUUUUUUUUUUUUUUUCUUCCCUUGGAUACGGAAAGCAAGGAAUCACGCAAACAAGGGCUUUGGUUGAUAUGUUCUGUUGUCGUCGUCGUCGUCGU